CUAAAACCCUUUCACGCUGAUUUUGAAAAGGAAAAAAAAAAAAACCCUUCAAGGCCGGUUGCUCGCGCCGCUUUCUCUCUCUCUUUCAAACUCCGAUCAAAGUCCCCAGUCGUAUCAAUUGAUAAACCCUGAUUGUCUCCGUUCUUGUUGAAAACCUAAUCUGGUGGACACAGUCGCACAGUUAACACACAUCCUCUGAACCGGCACCGACGCAAUGGCUCACGUUCAAACCACAGAGGGAGCUUCCCAGGUGGUUGAAUCUGUUAGAUUCAGUUUCAUGACAGAGCAAGAUGUUCGAAAGCAUAGUUUUCUGAAAGUUACGAGUCCUAUAUUACUCGAUAACGUGGGCGAACCUUAUCCUGGUGGUCUCUAUGAUCCUAAACUUGGUCCUAUAGAGGAUAAAAAAGCUUGUGAUACAUGUGGUCAGCUCAAUCUUGCUUGUCCAGGACAUUGUGGUCAUAUCGAGCUUGUCUAUCCUAUUUACCAUCCUUUGCUCUUCAAUCUUCUUUACAAUUUUUUGCAGAGGACCUGUUUCAUCUGUCAUCAUUUUAUGGCAAAACCUUACGAUGUUGAAAGAGCUGUUUCUCAGCUGAAACUCAUCAUUAAAGGUGAUAUAGUUUCUGCAAAGCAAUUGGAGUCCAACACCCCCACUAAGUCAGAUUCUAGUGAUGUAAGCUGUGAAUCAGGUGUAACCACUGAUUCAUCCGAAGGAUGUGAAGAUUCUGACAUGGAAGAUCAGAGAUGGACAUCUCUUCAGUUUGCUGAAGUCACUGCUGUCAUGAAGAAUUUUAUGAGGUUGUCAUCAAAGUCGUGUAAUAGAUGCAAAGCAGUAAAUCCUCAACUAGAGAAGCCUAUGUUCGGAUGGGUUCGCAUGAAAGCAAUGAAAGGAUCCGACAUUGUAGCUAAUGUAAUUCGAGGGCUUAAGCUAAAGAAGUCCACUAGCAGUGUUGAAAAUCCAGAUGACUUUGAUGAUAGUGGCAUCGAUGCAUUAUCAGAAGUUGAAGAUGGUGAUAAAGAGACAAGAGAAAAGUCUACAGAAGUAGUGAAAGAGUUUGAAGAGCAUAACAAUAGUUCUAAAAGAGACCUUUUGCCGACUGAGGUCAGGGAAAUCUUAAAAGAUCUGUGGGAGAAUGAGCACGACUUUUGCUCCUUCAUUGGUGAUCUUUGGCAGAGUGGAUCUGAAAAAAUUGACUACUCUAUGUUCUUUUUGGAGAGUGUUCUAGUGCCCCCUAUUAAAUUUAGACCUUCAACAAAAGGAGGUGAUAGUGUUAUGGAACAUCCUCAAACCGUAGGACUAAAUAAGGUCUUAGGUUCCAAUAUACAACUCGGGAAUGCGUGUACUAACAAAUUAGAUCAGUCUAAGAUAAUUUCUAGAUGGAUGAAUCUUCAAGAAUCAGUCAAUGUCUUGUUUGAUAGCAAAACUGCGACAGUUCAAAGCCAGAGAGAGGGCUCUGGAAUAUGUCAAUUGCUGGAGAAGAAAGAGGGACUAUUUCGGCAAAAAAUGAUGGGAAAGAGAGUGAAUCAUGCAUGCAGAUCUGUGAUAUCUCCAGAUCCUUAUAUCGCUGUUAAUGACAUCGGAAUUCCUCCUUGUUUUGCUUUGAAAUUGACGUAUCCCGAGAGGGUGACUCCUUGGAAUGUGGAGAAGUUAAGGGAAGCUAUCAUUAAUGGUCCUGAUAUUCAUCCUGGAGCUACACAUUACUCUGACAAAUUAUCUACAGUGAAGUUGCCUUCUACCGAAAAAGCACGAAGAGCAAUUGCAAGAAAAUUACUGUCCUCACGAGGAGCCACUACAGAACUUGGGAAAACUUGUGAUAUCAACUUUGAAGGUAAAACUGUCCAUCGACAUAUGCGAGAUGGUGACGUCGUCCUUGUGAAUCGUCAGCCAACAUUACAUAAACCUAGCUUAAUGGCGCACAUCGUCCGUGUUCUAAGGGGGGAGAAAACACUUCGUCUCCACUAUGCAAAUUGCAGUACAUACAAUGCAGAUUUUGAUGGUGAUGAGAUGAAUGUGCAUUUUCCACAAGAUGAGAUUUCACGUGCUGAGGCCUACAAUAUUGUCAAUGCUAACAACCAAUAUGCUAGGCCCUCUAAUGGCGAUCCUCUUCGAGCUUUAAUUCAGGAUCAUAUUGUCAGUUCCGUUUUGCUUACUAAAAGGGACACAUUUUUGGACAAAGAUCAUUUUAAUCAGCUUCUCUUCAGUUCCGGUGUGACUGACAUGGUACUCAGUUCUUUUUCUGGAAGAUCUGGCAAGAAAGUCAUGGUAUCAGCUUCUGAUGCAGAACUGUUGACAGUCACGCCUGCUAUUUUGAAACCAGUGCCUCUUUGGACUGGGAAGCAGGUCAUCACUGCAGUGUUGAAUCAGAUAACCAAAGGUCACCCGCCGUUCACCGUAGAGAAAGCUACCAAACUUCCAGUUGAUUUCUUCAAAUGUAGAUCUAGAGAAGUAAAACCUAACAGUGGAGAUUUGACCAAAAAGAAAAAGAUUGACGAGUCAUGGAAACAGAAUCUUAAUGAAGAUAAAUUGCUCAUCAGAAAAAAUGAAUUUGUCUGCGGUGUGAUUGACAAGGCUCAGUUUGCUGACUAUGGGUUGGUUCAUACAGUGCAUGAGCUUUAUGGUUCAAAUGCUGCAGGAAAUCUGCUCUCCGUUUUUAGUCGUCUCUUUACAGUCUUUCUUCAGAUUCACGGUUUCACCUGUGGAGUUGAUGAUCUUAUUAUUUUAAAAGAUAUGGAUGAAGAGAGGACGAAGCAACUUCAAGAGUGUGAAAAUGUUGGUGAAAGAGUACUCCGUAAGACCUUUGGCAUAGAUGUUGAUGUUCAGAUAGAUCCUCAGGACAUGAGAUCCAGAAUAGAACGAAUUCUUUAUGAGGACGGGGAAUCUGCUUUGGCAUCUUUGGACAGGAGCAUCGUAAAUGAUCUCAAUCAGUGUUCAAGCAAGGGUGUGAUGAACGAUUUGCUGUCUGAUGGGUUACUGAAAACACCCGGAAUGAAUUGUAUAUCGCUAAUGACUAUAUCUGGGGCUAAGGGCAGUAAGGUCAACUUCCAGCAAAUCUCUUCGCAUCUUGGCCAGCAAGAUUUAGAAGGAAAAAGAGUUCCCCGAAUGGUUUCUGGGAAGACAUUACCUUGUUUCCAUCCAUGGGACUGGUCCCCUAGAGCUGGGGGAUUUAUUAGUGACAGAUUCCUUAGUGGUCUUCGCCCCCAAGAAUAUUACUUCCAUUGCAUGGCUGGACGAGAAGGGUUAGUUGAUACUGCAGUGAAGACAUCACGUAGUGGGUAUCUGCAAAGAUGCUUGAUGAAAAAUCUUGAGAGCCUUAAAAUCAACUAUGAUUGUACUGUCCGGGAUGCUGACGGGUCCAUCAUUCAGUUCCAAUAUGGUGAAGAUGGUGUGGAUGUUCAUCGGUCUAGCUUUAUUGAAAAGUUCAAAGAACUGGCAAUAAAUCAAGAUAUGGUCCUUCAAAGAUGCAGUGAAGACAUGCUAUCUGGAGCCAAUAGUUACAUCAGUGAUCUGCCUAUUAGUCUUAAGAACGGAGCUGAGAAGUUUGUAGAGGCAAUGCCUAUGAAUGAACGUAUUGCUUCUAAAUUUGUGAGACAAGAAGAACUACUGAAGCUGGUGAAGUCAAAAUUCUUUGCAAGUCUUGCGCAGCCAGGGGAGCCUGUAGGUGUACUUGCUGCUCAAUCUGUAGGAGAGCCAUCAACACAGAUGACGUUGAAUACUUUCCAUCUUGCUGGACGUGGAGAGAUGAAUGUGACACUUGGAAUUCCACGUUUACAAGAGAUUUUGAUGACAGCUGCAGCAGACAUUAAGACACCAAUAAUGACAUGCCCGUUGCUGAAGGGCAAAACAAAGGAGGAUGCAAAUGAUAUCACUGGUAAGUUGAGGAAGAUUACGGUGGCAGAUAUAAUAAAGAGUAUGGACCUUUCAGUUGUACCAUAUACGGUUUAUAAGAAUGAAGUUUGUAGUAUUCACAAGCUUAAGAUAAAUCUCUAUAAGCCAGAGCAUUAUCCGAAGCACACUGAUAUCACCGAAAAAGACUGGGAAGAGACGAUGACGGUUGUGUUUUUGAGGAAGUUGGAGGACGCUAUAGAGAUCCACAUGAAAAUGCUCCAUAGAAUAAGGGGCAUAUGCAAUGACAAGGGUCCAGAAGCUGGAAAUGAAACUGAUAAUGAUGAUUCUGUAAGUGGAAAGCAGAAUAAAGAUGAUGGUGAUGAUGAUGGCGAGGGUACAGAGGUUGAUGAUCUUGGUUCAGAUGCACAGAAGCAGAAGAAACAAGUAACAGAUGAGAUGGAUUAUGAAGAAAACUCUGAAGAUGAAACGAACGAACCAUCGUCAAUCAGUGGAGUAGAGGACCCUGAGAUGGAUAGUGAGAAUGAGGACGCAGAAGUUAGCAAGGAAGAUACUCCGGAACCGCAGGAAGAGGCAGAUGUUAGCAAGGAAGAGACUAUGGAACCACAAAAAGAGGUAAAAGCGGUAAAGAAUGUCAAAGAACAGAGUAAAAAAAAGAGACGGAAAUUUGUUGGAGCUACAAGUGACAGACAUAUCUUCGUGAGAGGUGAAGGAGAGAAAUUUGAGGUCCAUUUCCAGUUUGCUACAGAUGACCCUCAUAUUUUACUUGCCCAGAUUGCUCAAAAAACAGCGCAAAAGGUUUACAUCCAGGAUUCUGGGAAGAUUGAACGAUGCACAGUGGCUAAUUGUGGUGAUCCUCAGGUGAUCUACCAUGGAGACAAUCCAAAGGAGAGAAGAGAAAUAUCCAACGAUGAAAAGAAAGCCUCGCCAGCUCUCCACGCAUCAGGAGUUGAUUUCCCUGCACUCUGGGAAUUCCAAGAUAAACUUGACGUCAGGUACUUGUACAGCAACAGCAUUCACGAUAUGCUCAACGUUUUUGGAGUUGAAGCAGCUAGAGAAACAAUAAUCAGGGAAAUAAACCAUGUCUUCAAAUCAUAUGGUAUUUCUGUAAGCAUCAGACACUUGAACCUCAUUGCGGAUUAUAUGACCUUUUCCGGUGGAUACCGACCAAUGAGCCGUAUGGGAGGAAUUGCAGAAUCAACUUCACCAUUCUGCAGAAUGACAUUUGAAACAGCCACUAAGUUCAUUGUCCAAGCUGCUACUUAUGGAGAAAAGGACACAUUAGAAACUCCCUCUGCUAGAAUCUGUCUCGGCUUGCCCGCGCUUUCAGGAACCGGAUGCUUUGAUUUGAUGCAGAGAGUGGAGCUCUGAGAUUCAGUAAACUUUCAUUAUGAUCCAUAGUUUGGCUCUUCCUUUCAGAUCGUGUGACGUUUUUGUUUCUUUGAGUCUGAUUCUGUCAAAUCCUCAGGUGGAGCCUCAUCUCUAAUCAUAUAUAUUUGUAGUUUUUUAUUUUAUUUCAGACUUUCUGUUAUCCCAUAAGUGGAUAGAUGUAUCUGCCGACAUAUUGAGAAAACGUUUGGAGGCAUUUUUGAGUGACGACGUUUUGAUCUGAUUUGAUGUGUUUCACUUACGAUGUUAUAAUAACCAACUUAAAAUUGUUAUGCCACCUAA